GCAGCUGAGAUCAAAAAUCAACAACAAUAGUGACGCAUUGCUGUCCACAUACAUUUAGCAAUAUUGUUUAGUUUAAUAGCUUUUUAGUUGCUGUUUUGUCUCAUUAAUUCGUUUAUUUAGAAAUGACAAGUCAUUGACGAACAUAUAUCGUUUUUUAUUACUUGUUAGCUCGCAAUAUCUAUCUAAGCCUCUAGCUUAGCUAGUUAACGUUAGCUAGCGGUAACAGUUCAAUGUAAACAAUGCGACGUAUCUAGAAAAAACGAAACUGCUCUAACGUCAGUUUAAAUAUUUUGAUCGCAAUUGUUGAAACCUCAAAAUGUAUUCACAAUAAUGGCCGUUUUAAACUCUAAAGUAUUAUGUAAAUUAUUUAUUUUUUGUGUAACGAUUAUUGCUUUGAGUCAGUCGACCAGGCUGAAUGUUCCCAAGUUACUUUUGCCCAGAUCUAAUCAUAAUCAUGUCAACUUCACGUUGGCAGCAGAGAAGGGAUGCUAUAAAUGGGUGUCCUCCCGACCCCAGGCAGUCGGUGUUUGGCCCCUUUCUCCCUCCAUCCCUCCCUCCAUCCUCCCUCCAUCCGCCUGUAGCCAGCAGGCCCUAGUGUCCGCCCUGCCUCUGUCUGCUCCACUGGACACUAACCGAGGGGCCAGCAUCAUACGGGGACAGGACUCUGUGACUGGCCAUACCCUGCGCUGCGAUGUCAUUGUUGACCAGAUCAAGCAGAUUCAGGUUGUCACGACCACACGUCAACUGUUCACGGAGGACCCACCCCUCGUGCUGUCAGUCAUGGCACUGGACUCAGGAGGCAACACAUUCAGUAGUCUGGCAGGUCUACAGUUUGAGUGGAGGCUAGUAAAGGACUCAGAGACAGCAGAUAGUGUUAGGUUUGUGCGUUUCUCAGAGGCGGGCUACUCCCCGCUGCAUCACAUCCUGUCCCUGGAGGAAGCAGGUCAGAGGGGGGACAGGGUGUUGCUGGAGGGUGUCCGUUGCGGGGUGGCACAGGUCAGGGUCUCCCUCUCGCACCCAGACUACAAGUGGGUGGAGCCAGCCUCUGUGAUCCUGACAGUGACGGACAGACUCUACCUUAGCCCCUCCCAUGACACCUACCUGCUGCUAGGCUCCACCCUCUCCUACAGAAUCUGGAAAAGCAUGCAUGACACAGAAACGGAGGUGGUGCUGGGUGAGGGAGAGUAUGAGUUGUCUGUAGAGAGAGACCCAGACGACGAAAAUGAUGUCAUCACUGUGGACCAGGACACAGGGACCGUCACCGCCCGAGGGCUAGGCCACACCACGCUGUCCGUCACACAUCCCAGCCUACCAGAAGACUCUGCAUCCCACCUGCCUCGCUGUUCUGUGUUUGUGGUGGAGCCCAGUUACCUGACGCUAGGUGUGGAGGAGGAGGACAGGUGGGUGUUGGAGAGUGGUCGUCAGUACCAGGUGACCGUACGAGUUCACGACCAGGAGGGUCACACAGCACACCUGGCACAGAAUGUGGUGAUGACCAUGGAGCUCUCUGAUUGGCUGUUCUAUGUCCUGGAGACUUCCUCUAACAGUUCCUACCAUGUACUGGAAACACGAGGGGUUGGGCACACUACUAUACGAGCUGCACUGUUCACUGUGCUCACUGAGGAUGGCCGAGCAUUUCCCCUGAUACCACCAAUCAGAGCAGAGCAGGAAGUUGAGAUCUACGAGCCCCUCACCCUGCAGCCCCGCCUCCUUGUGUUUCCCUGGCAACCUGAGGGACAGCUCUAUCAGCACCACAUACAGGUAGAGGGUGGCAGUGGUGCUGUGAGCUGGUCGGUGAGUGACAGUGAUGUUGCCGUGGUGACAAUAAAAGGGGAAGUUAUGGCGGGAAAGAGACGGGGCCAAGUGGAUAUUCAGGCAUCAGACGCACGCAACCCUCUACACACUGCUACUGGACAGGUGUACGUGUUGAGGCCAGCUGGUGUGGAUGUCCUGGCCCAGAGAGGUGACUGUAGGGUGGGAGAGACCAUCACCCUUCCCCUGGCUGUCUGGGGUGUCCAGGAGGAGGAGAACCAGGCCCAGGACCCUCCCCAGGGGAGCUCUGGCCCCCAGACCCUGCUGGAGGUGACAGACUGCUCUCUCAUCAACCUCCACGUCACCACUGAACCACAGGGGGUAUUCACCCCUCUACCAGGUUCUGUAGGUCCAGGCUCAGGGUUCUGCGGAGGACUCCAGCUGGAGGCAGUGGGACCAGGCCACACCCUCGUCACUAUCACCGUGGAAACGGAACACUACAACAUCACUUCCAUGGCAACGCUGGCCGCCCACAGUCCCCUUAAGGCCCAGGUUUCAGAGGUGGUCUUGUCUCUGGGUGCGUCUUGUCUUGUCGUCUUCGAGGGGGGGCCACAGCCCUGGCCCCUGGCCCCCACACGUUUCCAUGGCGAUGCCCGGGUCGAGGGGGAGGGGCUGGGCGUGGAGGCUCUCAGCCUAUCAGAGCCCAGGAGAGCCCAGCAGCACGCCUACAGGGUCACCUGCCACACCCUGGGGGAACAGUGGCUGGUGUUCAGCAGUGGGAACUCCCCAGGUCCUCUGAACCAGGAUCCCUCAGUAGAGCAGAGCAGAGUGAGAGUAGACUGCAGCGCCCCGGUCUCUCUCUCUCUCUCCCUUCUCCCCUCCUACUCCUCUCCUCCCUCCAUCCCUCCAUCCUCCCUGUCCCACCCAUGCCCUGAGCCCCACUAUCCUGCCAGCCUGUUGUCUGUGUCCAGUAGCAGGGAUGCUGUGCUGCAGUUAUCAGUGUUUGACCACCGGGAGGUGCAGUUUGACAACUUCAGCUCGUGCUCAGUGAACUGGCUGACCUCCAACUACUCCCUGCUGUCCCUGCCCUCACACACAAACAUGGGCCUGGUAGACUCACACACACCCAGCAGCCACAGCAGACUACACGGUCGUCAGGUACUCCGCGCCCACGAUCAAACAGGGACAGUCACCAUCACUGUGGCCCUCACACCUGCACAGGACUCAUGGGCCACACCUCUGACUGCGUCUGUGCAUCUGAGACUGGUGGAGGACGUGCAGUGGGACAAACGUGCUAUAACCCUCUAUAACCACCCUGACGUCACUGAGAACCUGACAUUGGUUCAGGGUUCAGGACACUUCUUGGUUCGUCUUCAGGACAGAGAGCUGGCCAACAUCACUUACCUGGAGAACAGCAAUGUUGUACAGGUGUCUCCCCUGCGGCCCGGCCUCUCCUCCAUCCUGGCCUAUGACCUGUGUUUGACCUCUGCUGACCCUGCCGUGACCUCCAUCUCUGUCUCUGACAUCACUGACUUCCAGAUAGACUUUGUUGACAUUGUGGAGGUAGACCACAGUGCUCUGGUUCGUGUGCGUGUUCUAGACUCUAACAGACAGCCCUUCCUACAUCGCUACCUUCCUCUGAUGCAGCUCAAACUGACCCCCUCCUCACCUAUCGUCACUGUGGAGCAUGCAGGGCCGUUGGACAGCGUCUCCGUAGGUUACCGUGUGUCAGGUCAGACAGUGGGUGUGGUCAGUCUUCACCUGUCUGCAGUGGACAGCAGUGGGAGUGUACGGACCUCCUCUCACAAACAGCUACAGGUGUACCCCAGAUUCACCCUGCAGCCACGGAGUCUGGCACUGACACUGGGCAGCGUACGACAGGUGAAGUGGGAGGGUGGCCCCCACCCCCAGUCCAGUGUGGGCUUCUCUGUGAGUGACAGCCGCAUCACCAUGGUGACCGACACAGGAUUGGUCCGUGGCGUGGCAGUGGGCGUGGUCAAACUCAGAGGGGCGCUGCAGACCGUCACUCAGGACACCGGAGCACUGCUCACCUUCGCACAGGAUGAGGUGGAGGUGGAGGUGUUUAACCUGACAGGGGUCAGGAUCCAGGCCCCUCUGGUCAAACUGUCUGUGGGCACUGAGAUGCCAGUGUAUGUGAUGGGCAGUGACAGUAGUCAGAACCCCUUUGCUCUGGGCAGUGUAGAGUCUGGUCUCUCCUUCCACUGGAGUCUGGGCAAGCUGGGAGUACUGGAGAUACAACCACGACACACUCAGGCGGGGGUGACUGUCUCUCCUGCCCAUAGUUUCUCUGUGCUGGUGAGGGCGUGGGCUGCGGGCAGGACCAGUCUGAGAGUGACAGUUCAGCUGGCCAACCACACGUCAGCCUCCCACCAGCAGCUCUCUGACGAGAUACAGAUACUGGUGUACCAGGAGAUGCAGCUGGCUGUAGGAACCUCCAGAUCCAUCCUCAUGUCUCCCUACUCACACUACGCACUACAGAGCAACAAAGACACUAUCUGUCCCGUGCAGUAUGCCCUGUGUCAGUGUGUGAAAGGGGAGGGACUUGUAACCGUGGACAGCCAGGGCGUUCUGAGGGCGGGGCCUGACACGGGAUCCGCCCUGCUGGAGGUAAUCGCUAUGGAGACCUGUGGGGUCAACCAGACCCUGCUCAUCAGCGUCCGGGUGUCUCCAGUGUGGUUUGUCAGGCUGUUCAGUGUGUCCAGUCUGUACAGUGUUGGAGGGGGAGGCCUGCCUGCCUUUCCCCUGGGCUGGACCAUCAGAGUCAGGGCUCUCUGCUACGACAACCUGGGACAACAGUUCAACGCCCAUAACACACUCACACACAUUACCACCAACAGGGAUGACUUGGUGCAGGUGACUCCAGACUCAGACAGUCAUUCCUUCAUGGUCCAGACUGUGUCUGGCGGUCUGACAGUCCUAGGGGUGCAGGCGGACCCCACCAACCCCUCCCUGAGUGACUACACCCCCCUCCCUGUCCUCCCCGUCAUCUCUGCCCCCCCACACACACUCAGGCCCGGAGACACACUUUGCUUCAACACCCCCCUGACAGGACCGCACGGCCAGCCAGGUCAGUGGAAUGUGUCGUCUAGUCGUGUUCUGCAGAUCGACCCAAAGACGGGAGCUGCCCUGGCAAAGCAUUCUGGAACGGUAGUGGUCUACUACAGACUGGAAGGAGGACAGCAGGCCCUCAGAGAGGUGAAGGUGGAGUCUCCAGCCAUCCCAGAACUCUAUCCCCCUGAGGAUCGUUUCCUCACCAACUGGCCUGACGCACCUGACUACACUGUUCCUGUGGAGCUAUACACCUCCCCCGUCAACACAGCCCAGUGUUCCCUGUUCCAGAGGGAGGCCAUAGAGAAGCUGCAGCCAGAGGCAGAGUUACGGUGUUCCCUGCACUUCAGCGCCCCCUACCUCCAGCUCAACACACUGCAGGCUGUGAUCGUCGCCACACCUCACUAUGACCUCGACACAGGUGAAUACAGCUGCAGAGUCUCCGUCCGUCCCCAGUCAGACUCCGUCCUCCACCUCCUCUCCUCUGUCUCUCUCUCCGUCUCUCUCUCAGCCUCUCUGCGGGGCCAGUCCCCCAUCCCUAUCCUUCCUCUCUCUGCUCUGUCGCUUCCUCUCUCCGGACGUUUGGUACAGUUGCCGUACCUGCCUGCGUUCCACUGCCCGGUGUCUUUCCUGGUGCUCUCUGCUCUGCAGCCCGUGGCAGAGUUCUCUGUGCUGGGCACCAAGGAGGUGCUCUCUGCCCUACGGUUCCACUCUGACAGUACUGACGUACUGCUAUCUGAGCCCAGUCAAUCAGACGGACGUCUAGUGUUGUCUGUCUACAUUUCCACUUCCUGGGUCAAAGGUCAGGCCCUGCCCCCUCCUGCCAACAUCACCCUGUCCAGCCACCUGACCCCACAGACUCAUGUCCUCAUGGUUUACAUCACGGCGGACAGCGAGGUGAAGAUAGGUUCGACAGAUCUGAUUCGUCUACAAUCUUCCUGGACUCGGCUCCUGGACUUCCAUCUCAUCCUGGUCUUUGCUGUGUUUGCAGUUAUGGCCACUACUGCCACCUUAUUCAUAGUGUACAACUCCUGCAUGCAGACGGUUCCUGUCCCUGCGGUCGGCCUGUACCCAAAUACACCACCUAACACAGUGGCCCGCAGCAGGACGGUGCGUUUCUCUCCCUGGAUCAGACCCUCGUCCCCAGACACAGAAAGGAUCCUCCGCAGACGCAACUGGCUCUGGAGCACACGGUUACACUAACAGCCCUGUAAAUUAUCCAUGUUAAAACCGUCAACUAAACAUUUUCCUGGCAAACGUU